CCUCCAAUUUUGGGUCAGUUACCCAAUCUCUCGGAAUUGUGGAUGGAUGACAACCAAUUGAAAUCUGUCCCGAAGGAGUUGGGCAAUAUGAAACGACUUCAACAACUAGAUCUAUCGGAGAACCUCAUUGAUGCUUUACCGGAGGAGGUAGCUGGUCUAACCUCUCUAUCGGAUCUCAAUUUGUCACAGAAUAGUUUAAACUGUUUGCCUACGGGAUUCGGUGAAUUGAAGAAGCUGGGCGUUUUGAAGCUCAAUCAGAAUCAACUGCUCACAUUGAAUCCUGCUAUUGGCGGGUUGCCUCAUGAGAAGGAUAUCGAGGAAUGUGAGUUGACUAUCUUUCUCUUGCUCUCGUGUGAAGUUGAUACCAGACACCUGCUCGUAGAUCAUUUGUUAGAACUGAUGUACCAUGGAAGCUCUGAGUGUGACGAAUGUUUCGUCGGCAUACCGUAUCCACAGACGAGGUUGUAG